CGCGAGCCUGCGCGAUGCACGCCCGCCCGAGCAGACGAUGCGGAAUUGCCGCUAUUUCGCGAACGCGCCGUACGCUACGACGGAGCGAGGCCGGACGAUGCUUACUUACGUAUCGAGUGUGCGCGGCCGCCGCGUCGGCACUCACCGUUUUCCCGUGGAAAUCCGUGAAACGGCAGCAGCGAUCCGGGAGAACGCCAACGCCAUAUACAUGUAUACAGGCUGAGGGUAGCGCGAUUGGCGGGAGCCCGUGGGACACGCGUCAUGGCGGACCGAGCACGGCCAUGGCCAUUGGUCGAAGGGACACGUGACUACCGUUCGCGGCGCGACUAAACGUUAUGUCGGGAUGACAUAACCUCUGUGCCGCUUCCGUUCGCGACUGCCGCCGUUGUUGGGUCUCAGCGGUGCGAGCACGCUCGGGGAUCGCCGAUGGCACGCGGAAAAAUGUUGCACAUUGGACGACUGGGGACACGACUGGCCAGCACGUCAGCAACAGCUACGUGCACGCCUGGAAAGACACUGGACUCGAUAAUCAGAGUCGACCAUGCCGGUGAACUGGGAGCCGACAGAAUCUAUGCCGGACAAAUGGCCGUGCUAGGCAAGACGCAGGUCGGGCCGACCAUACAACACAUGUGGGAGCAAGAGAAGCGGCACCGCGCCAAGUUCGAGGAGCUGAUUCGGAAGUACCGUGUGAGGCCCACCGUUCUCACCCCGUUGUGGAACGUCGCCGGCUUUGUCUUGGGCGCCGGCACCGCGCUCAUGGGCGAGAAGGCGGCGAUGGCGUGCACAGUCGCCGUGGAGACGGUGAUAGUCGAGCACUACAACGACCAGCUGCGCACGCUAAUGGAGAGCAAGGAGCACGUGGACGAGGAGGUACUCAAGACGAUCAAGCAGUUUCGCGAUGAAGAGCAGGAGCAUCACGACACCGGCAUCGGCCACGGCGCUGAGCAGGCGCCGUUCUACCAGACUUUAACGAACGUCAUUAAGUUCGGCUGUAAGACAGCCAUAUCCGUGUCCAAGGUGAUAUGAGGACGCACUUGACGCGACGUGGCCUGCUAAAGCUUGUAGAUACCGUGAUUCGUAUAUGGGCUGAUGAAUUAUCUUCUGUGCUAACAGCUAUGGUGAGGCAAUUUAAAGGUGCAAGGGAUACUCCUCCGAGUCCGUUGCAGUCACUUGGUCUCGUUUCUUUCUUCGAAAUAUAUUGUGAUCUCUCUUGGUGAUAAAAGUAUCGUUGGGACUCUUAAUGGUGGAUUUUUCUAACACGAAAUAUCUCUAACGUUAUUCCUUAGGAAUGCGGCUUCUUGCGGCUGCGAGAUUACGAAGAGAAAGUAGAAGAAAUGUGCAGUAAAUUUAGAAUAGAUUAUUACGGCAAUACGUAGCUGUUAGCCGACGUACGUAAGAAUGAGAAUUGAGAGAAUCUGUAAUAAUAGGUGUGAGAAUAUGUUGUAUCCUCCGCUGCGAUUUCCUGGAAACAAGUCGGAGACUCUGCAUUUGUUAAGAUACGGUGUCGGUGUGAAGCGGAUAAACGAUUAAAUAAACAUGACCAGCGCAU